GUUCCUCCGAUUUGACGCGCGCUGGACACUGGCCGCGUCGCGCCAUUUUGAAAUCAAUUCUGGGAGCGUCCGGGCUGUGCGCUGCAGAGGAAACCUUCAAAGUGGAGUGCGGAGUCUAUAAAACAUUAGUGCGGAUAUUAAUUGAAUUUAGUGUAGUGAAAAGUAGCCCGUGUUAUUCGAGAACACUGUGUGAACUUGCGCACUCUUACCCGGGAACUCAAUCCACAGACCUUGUUUGGCUCCUGCUCUGCGUUUGGUCCGAAGCGCCCAGCCAUGAGCGCAUCGCGGGACACGUAGCAAAUGUGACUAUGGCAGAAGCUGGUGAAAAGAGUAGUGAGAUGGAGUGGUGCUUUUCUCAAGUAAAAGGAGCAAUAGAUGAUGAGGUUGCUGAAGCUGACCUCAUUUCUGCUGUUGAAUUCAACUACACUGGAGAGCUACUAGCCACAGGGGACAAAGGGGGCCGUAUUGUAAUCUUUCAGCAAAAUCCAGAAAACAAGAGUCAGCCACAAUGUCAUGCAGAGUACAAUGUUUACAGCACCUUCCAGAGUCAUGAGCCCGAGUUUGACUACCUGAAAAGCCUCGAGAUUGAAGAGAAGAUAAACAAGAUUCGAUGGUUGCCUAAAAAAAAUGCUGCACAUUUUCUUUUGUCUACAAAUGACAAAACAAUAAAGCUUUGGAAGAUAAGUGAACGUAACAAACGUCCGGAGGGCUACAAUUUAAGAAAUGGACCGUACAAAGAUUUCACCUCCAUUGCAUCUUUACAGGUGCCUGUUUUCAAACCCAUGGACCUGAUGGUGGAGGCCAGCCCAAGACGAGUGUUUGCCAAUGCUCAUAAAUACCAUAUUAACUCGAUCUCAGUCAACAGCGACAAUGAAACCUACUUGUCUGCAGAUGAUCUACGGAUUAACUUGUGGCACUUGGAAAUCACAGGUCAAAGCUUCAAUAUUGUUGAUAUAAAGCCAGCCAAUAUGGAGGACUUGACAGAGGUUAUAACUGCAGCGGAGUUUCACCCCAACCAGUGCCACACUUUAGUGUACGGCUCCAGUAAGGGCAUAAUUCGUUUGUGUGACAUGAGAGCAGCAGCACUGUGCGAUAAACAUGCCAAAAUAUUUGAAGAACCCGAGGAUCGAAACAGUCGUUCAUUUUUUUCGGAGAUAAUAUCGUCUAUUUCUGAUGUUAAGUUUAGUCACAGUGGACGCUACAUGAUGACGCGAGAUUAUUUGUCAGUGAAAAUCUGGGAUAUCAACAUGGGCACAAGGCCAAUAGAAACGUUUCAGGUGAAUGAAUAUCUCAGGAGUAAUCUGUGUUCUCUAUAUGAUAAUGACUGCAUCUUUGACAAGUUUGAAUGCUGUUGGAGUGGCAAUGAUCGUGUAGUGAUGACAGGCUCUUACAACAACUUCUUCAGGAUGUUUGACAGAGGAUUCAGACGCGACGUGACUCUUGAGGCUUCCAGAGAAAACUGCAAACCUCAGUCUGUCCUGAAACCUUGCAAAGUGAGCAUAGGGUUAGAGAUCUCCAUAGACAGUGUGGACUGCAACAAGAAAAUACUACACACAGCCUGGCAUCCGCUUGAUAAUAUUAUUGCUGUGGCCACAACCAAUAAUUUGUUUAUUUUCCAGGACAAAUUAAAGUAGUUGCAGCACGCCCACAAAUGCACACAUUUACCUUUUACAUCAUACAGUAGCUGAACACU